AUGGCGCUCCUCUCUGAGCAGGCCGCAUCGCACGGGCCGUCAAAGUCGCCAUUCGUCGCUCCCGCCGUUUCGCUACUCACGCCCUUGACCGCCGAAUCAUUCGGCCGGUUUGACUGCAAUCCGACAGAGGGGCACGACGCCCGGGCGGGGCUUUCGGCGCUGGCGGCGGCGGCGGCGGCCCGCGGGUUGAGCGUGGACGUGGGUUCUGAGACUGGGGUUGAGCCGUGCGCGGGCUCGCCGUUCGCCCUCUCUGCGCUCGUGGCGGCGGCACGCAACGCGGAGCUGCCUCGCACGCCGCCAAAGACACGGAAGUGGACGUUCCCGCCUCGCGGCUCUCUGUUCGGCAUGGGCUCCUCUCGCAGCGGGCUCGAAGCGAGGCCGGCACCGAUGCCCCCGGUGUCGUCCGCGGCGGAGAGGGCUGCGCCAGCGGCACCGGCGGCAGCCGCGGCGCCUUCGGCAGCCCCGUCUGUGGCGUCGCCGACAGUGGAGGUGGCGAGGGUGGCGGUGGUUCUGGAGCGUAUGGGCAGGCUCACGGUGGCGCCGACGGCGGCGCCUGCGGCGGCGCCCACAGUGGCGCCGACGGCGGCGCCUGCGGCGGCGCCCACAGUGGUGCCAACGGCGGCGCCUGCGGCGGCGCCUGCGGCGCACAAACUUGCGUCGCGCCCGGCAGCGCGAUCCCGCCCGCGCUCGAGCUUUUGGGUCGCCUGCGAUCGCUGCGACAAGUGGCGGCGACUACCGAGCGAGGGGCGAGCCGGCCGGCCCGCUUCGCUCCCUCCAGUCUGGUACUGCUGGAUGCACCCAAAUCCGGCGGCCCGCCGGUGCGAGGAUCCCGAGGAGGUCGCGAGCGAGGAUGAGGUGGAGGAGGGGCAGGCGAGCGAAGAAGGGGAGGGAGCGGAGGCGGCGGCUUGCGUGAGCGUCGGGGCGGAGGACGCCGUUCCACCUCAUGAGCAGCGGCGGAAGCCGCGAGUCGGACGGCGCACGUCGGCGAGGGAGCGGCGCGCGCGCGGCGGGGCGGCCGCGGCCACGAAGGCGGACGAGGAGGACGGGGCGUGCGAGGCCGUUUGCAGGGCCGUGAGCGAGCAGCAGCGCUGCGGCAACACCCUCGAGCGCGCGGGCGGCGCCUUUGGGUGCCUGCUGCCCGCGGGGCACGCCGGUCCGCACCAGAUCGUGCAGCCAGGCAGGCGGGCUCGCAAGGUCGAGGCACCGCCCGCGCUGGCGCCGCGGCCGCGGCCGCUGAGCGCGUACCAGCUCUUCAUGAAGGACGAGGUGGCGAGGCUCAAGGCGUCCGACUCGGAGAUCUCGCACAAGGAGGCGUUCAAGGAGGCCGCACGCACCUGGGGCACCGCCGACGCCAACCCGCAGAAGCGCGCCAUGGCGGACGCGACGCGCAGCGUGCCUGCGCCGGCAGAGGGCGAGGGCGGCGCCGCGCGCGAACGUGUGGGCGGGGGCGCCGUGCCACCGCCCGCUGCCCGCAAGCGCCAGCGCGAAGAGCCGCCGCCGCCGCCGUCAAAGGAGGCGGCGGCGGCCGCGGGCCACGUCGAUGAGGUGCCGCGCGCGCUGGAGCAGCUCGCCACGGGCACGCGCGUGCGGGUGCUGUGGGAGGGGGGCGAGUGGUACGCCGGGAGGUUCAAGGGCCACUCCUCCGCGAGAGGGCACUGCGUCGCGUACGACGACGGCGACGUCCGCUACCACCGUUUGGAGGAUGAGGUCUGGGAGAUCGAGGGCAGCGGCGGCGGAGGGCAGGGCGCGGCGACCUUGUCGGCUGCGGCGACCUCGUCUGCUGCGACGAGGCAGAAACGACGCGACGCGCCCCCGGAGGCGCCGCGGCGGAAGCAGCGGCGGGUGGAGGAGGGGGGCGAGGUGGACGACGUGGCCGACAGCGGCGGCGCCGCGCCGCUUCUCGACGAGAUGGAGGGUGUCCGCCUCCACCUCAGCAGCACCUCCAACACGGGCUACCGCGGAGUGCACAAGAGGAACGACCUACCCGGCACAGGCAAGCCGUACAUAGUCAAGCUGAGGUCUACAUCGAGCUACUUUGCCACCGCUGUCGAGGCAGCCCUCUACUACGCACGCUCGAGCACGGGGGCUGGGUCGGUCGGCGGCGGCCCUUCCUCGAGCGCUACCCAGGGCGCUCCCCCAAAGGACGAGGCUCUGCCCGAGUCGGACAGCCGGGCCGCGCCAGAGGCGGAGGCUCCGACGCGAAACGCCUGGGGCGGGAUGGCCAAGGUGCGACCGCUGCUCGAAGGCCUCGGCCUGCUCGACUACGCGGCCGCCUUUGACGCCGCGGGCUACGACGACGACGAAUUUCUCCUCUCUCUCGACGGCGGCGAGCUCGCCGAGGCGGCGGCGGAGGUCGGGAUGCGAGCGGACCACGCGCGGCGCUUUGUGCGCGAGCCGCCGCGGGUGUGGCCGCGCGCGGGUCGCAAGCUGCAGCUCAACGCCAGCGCCUUCACCGUCAACGACUACGAGUGCAUGCAAAUCGACACCGGCGACUGGCCGUCGGAACGCGUGCACUGUGAGCUGAAGCCAGACGACACGUACGACUGGGUCGUGGAGCAUUUCGACGAUACCAACUGCAAGCGGCCCAAUAAGCAUACGCCCUCUGUGCGGCACACGGCGUCGGGAUGCUUUGUCUUCAAGAUGUACAACCACAGCUACAACGACAAGUGCCACCCAAACCGCACGCUCACUGUGUCGGCCUUUUAUGGCCCGGGCUGCCUGACACCAAUGCCGGUCACCGCUGUGAAUCUGCCCGCCGAGCGGCCCAAGUUGACCUUCGGCUCACCACGCCGGCGACUAGCGCGGCUGGCAAACGCUGCUCGCCAGCUGGCGGGGCUAGAGGCGGAGGAGGGCAAGGGCAAGGGCGAGGGCGAGGGCGAGGGCGAGGGCGAGGGCGAGGCCUGGGAGGAGGCUGCGGAGGACCCGUUCCUCUUCUGCGUGGCUAAUCUAAUCAGCGCAGCCACCGGCUUCCCUCCAUCCUCAGCCCUCAAUCUCGCUGCCGGCGCGCUGCACGGGGCCGUUUGGGGGACGGCGCUGUACAUCGUAUCGGCCGCCGCCGGAGCGCUGGCGACGCUGCUGGCGACGCGCCUCCUGCUGCGAGACUGCACGCUGAGGCGGCUCGGCCGGCACGCCAGCAAGGCUCUGCCCCAGUCCGCAGGCUCCCCCACCGCCGCGAUCCUCCUCUCGUACCCGCUCCUCAACCUGGGGCAGGGCCUCUCCCACACGCUGCUCAAGACGCUCAUGGCCAACUCCGCCGCCCCUAGCUCGCGCGGCCUCCUCCUCGGCGCGCCGUAG